UCUUCAACGAACUAAGAGAAACAGAGAGGCUGUGAUACACAAGAGCAUCACCAUAUACCCAAUGGCUUCCCGACAAGUGCUGCUCUUGGCUACCGCGGCCAUCGCCGCCACCUUCCUCCUGGCACCGGCCUCCGCCGAGGUCUUCAUGGUCGGGGACACCCCUGGCUGGACCCUCAAAUACCCUGCCACCUGGACUGACGGCAAAACCUUCGUCGUCGGCGACAGCCUAAUGUUCAUGUACCCCGCCGACAAGCACAACGUGAUGGAGGUUGGCGGCGCGGACUUCAGAGCGUGCAACGUGACGGGGAACACAAUCGGCACCUGGAACUCCGGUAGCGACACGGUCACACUCGACAAGGCGGGGCGGAGGUGGUUCAUCUGCAGCGUGGGCCCCCACUGCAGUAUGGGUAUGAAGCUCCUCGUCACCGUUGUUGACGCCACCGCUCAGGCCCCGGCUUCCCCGCCGUCGUCUUCGGCCUCUUUCCUUAGCGGAGCGGUUUCACAGGUGAUGGCGGCAGUGGGCGCGGUGGCUGCAACAGUGCUCAUGAUGUGA